ACACGCUGCUAUAUAAAAAUGGGAGGGACGUCAGGCAUCCUUUACUCCGAGUCACCAUGCGCUGAUGCUCCAGUACGUGCGCGCAUCGCAGCUGACAAUACAAACCCCGCAGCCGCAGAGCAAACCGAUUCAACAGCUGACCGGCACGAUGGAUGGGCAACAUAAAGACCGAAGAAUGACUCACUUGUGGAUAUUGACGUUACAGCUAUUUGUUUAACCUCUUGCCACUGGAUAACUCGGCUUUUUCCAACUUUUUCUUCUGGAUACGGAUUGUGGAACUGGAUUUUGCCCAUCAGGCUUUUUUUUUUUCUUUUGGGGAAAAAAAGGAUUAUAUUUAUUUUGAAUUGUUGUGUUUAAGCAUCACUGCGUUUUUAUGUUUUUUACGUUUGGAUUAGGAGCGUUUUGUAAGAGGACGAACUGACUUUUUUUUGGAUACGCACAUAAAGCUAAAGGAUGGCCAAUUGGUUCACCUCUACCCUCGUAAUAGUUAUGCCAUUAUUUACUCAGGUUUUGGGAUCAAGUGUGUUCGAGAUAGAUCUCCAUCAUUUUCAGAAUACGAAAGGUUUGCUGGCGAAUGGCCGUAGAUGCAGCAUGGCCGGCUGCAGAACUUAUUUCAAGGUUUGUUUGAAGAACUACCAGAAAGUAGUGUCCCCUGGGAAGUGUAUAUUUGGCAAGGCCACCACAUCUGUUCUGGGAACAGACACGUUCAGCAUCCCGCAGGAAGCCCGGCUGCGUAUGCCGCUCAACUUCACCUGGCCGGGUGAUUUCUCGUUAGUUGUUGAAGCCUGGCAUUCUCCUGCAGCGGAGCAGCCUGAAGAUAACACCAAAUCAGAAUUCUUGAUUAGUUCUUUUGCCGUCCAGAAAAAGUUGGGAAUAGGGCCUGAGUGGGCCGAGGACGUGCAGUGCGGGACGCAGACGGAGCUAAGGUACUCAUACCGGAUCAUCUGCAAUGAAAAUUACUACGGGGACACUUGUUCCAAAAUAUGUGCUCCAAGAGACGACCGUUUUGGCCACUACACCUGCAAGCCGGACGGGCAAAUAGCCUGUCUGACGGGAUGGAAGGGAGAAUACUGCCAAGAACCAAUCUGUCUGGAAGGCUGCAAUGAAAGUAAUGGAACCUGCAAAUUACCAGGAGAGUGCGAUUGCAGAGACGGCUGGCAGGGUCUCUUUUGUGAUGUGUGUCAACUCCAUCCGGCCUGUAAACAUGGUACCUGCAAAGAACCGUGGCAGUGCACCUGCAAAGAAGGCUGGGGGGGUAUCUAUUGUGAUGAAGAUCUAAACUACUGCACCCAUCACAAACCCUGUGUCAAUGGGGCCACGUGUAUGAACACGGGCCAGGGCAGCUACACCUGCGCCUGCCUACCGGGCUUUACUGGUGUUGACUGUGAGCUAGAGGUCCAUGAGUGUGACAGCAAGCCUUGUUACAACGGAGGCCGCUGCCUGGAAUCUGAGAACGGCUAUAGGUGUGUGUGCGCAAAUGGGUUUGAAGGGCCACAAUGUGAGCACAGGAUGCUGACAUGCACAGACAAACCGUGCUUCCAUGGAGGCAAGUGCAGAGAGAGGGGCAAUGGGCAGAAAUACCUAUGUGAGUGUCCAGCUGGAUACACUGGACUCAACUGUGAGAAGAAAGUGGACAAGUGCACCUCACUGCAAUGUACUAAUGGUGGGCACUGCGUGGUCCAAGGUAACAUCAGAAUGUGCAGCUGUCGGUUGGGCUUCACAGGGAUGCGCUGUGAGAUCAACAUCGACGAGUGCGCCAGCAACCCAUGUGCAAACGGCUCCACCUGCAUGGACCGGAUUAACGACUACUCCUGCUCUUGCCCUCCAGGCUACGUGGGCCGGCACUGCGACAGGCCUUUGAACCGCUGUGCCUCUCAGCCUUGCCUCAAUGGAGGCACCUGCACAAUCGGACCUAAGGGCAAGGCCACAUGCCUCUGCCCAGCCCAUUUCACUGGUCCCCAUUGUGAGGCAAGCAACCCUUCCUCAGCCAACACUCCCAGCUCCAACACUGGCUUAGAGUACAGUGAAAAGUUGAACUUGGCUGCCAUCAGCUUCGGUAUCGGCUUGGUGGCAUUUCUUUUGCUUUUCUGCGUGGCAGUGGUGGUUCUGCGCCACAGAAAGAAGCAGAGGAACGCCGAGGAACAGGACUCAGAGACAAUGAACAACCUGUCCAAGGCGGACUUUCAGAAGGACAACCUCAUCUCUACCAUCGAUCUAAAGAACACUAACAAGAAGGUGGACCUGGAGGUGGACUGCCCCGUGGAAAAAUGCAAUCAUAAAUACAUCAACCACUAUCACCUGGACUAUAAAUCCUCCUCGGGAUACAAGGAAGAAGUGUCCCUUUUGGACAAAGAUGAAAACUGUGAAAAGAUAUUGGAAGACAAAAACCAGUUGAGUAGAAUGUACAGCGAAAGGCCAGAGUGUCGACUAUCAACAAUAUGCUCCUCCAGAGAUUCAGUCUACCAGUCUGUCUUUGUAAUAGCAGAGGAGAAACAUGAAUGCGUCAUUGCAACUGAGGUAUAAAAGUGCAAACGUAUUUUCAUCGCAAAAUUGGAUUCCCUGUGGUCUGUUUACAAGUGAGAAAAGACUGGGAUUUAUUUAAAUGCAAGCUGCUGCUCUUGAACCCUUUACAACUGGAAGGAGCUUGUAUGCUCUUUGACUGUAAAGACAUGAAAGCUACAAAACUGUAAGAAUGUACAGACUGAAAAGACAAAAACAAGAGCGCCUAAUGGCUCACGGAUUCAUCGUCUCUGCUCCUUCCACGUUAAUCCAAGGACAACAAGACUCAUGCCUACAUGCAGGCACGAGGCGCCUGCUCUGUGUGAGCCGGUCAUCUGCACUCAAUGCGAGCAGCUGUGGAGGAAGCCUGCCUUUUCCAUUCCUUUUUAUUGGUCUUUAGCGCGUGUUCUGAGCAAUGGUUUGCUCUCAAUCAGUCAAAAACUACUGAAAACGGUUCAUUUUCAAGAGACUUUGAAGAACAUUCAGUUAUGACGAAUGUAUGCAGACUAAAUCACAAAGCCUUAUAUAUAUAUAAAUGAUUUUAGGAAGAAAAAAAUAAAAGCACCCCGCCUUACCUUGAUUCCUUUGCACAGCAACUUGGGGGAACAAUAAAUGAUUGAAUAGAAAAAUGCAAUAUGCUAAAAUGCCAGGCAGGGCAUUGUCUAUUUUAUGCAAGAUCUCCCUCAAACAAAGACAAAUACACACAUGAAGUGACUCUUAUACCAAGGAUGCCUUCAAUGGAAAUGGCUUAACCAAUAGGUUUAUUUUGUUCAAUUAGUAUUUCAUUAGUUAUUUAAUUAUAUGAAGCACUGUUUUCUCUUUUAAUGUUGUAUAAGAUUAUUUUGUAUAUACUGUAUAUUUAUAUGUGGAGAUUAGAAGUAUGACUUGUACAUCUGUUUUUAAGUUGAUGCCACCGAAAAGGUGACUUUAUUUUUUCAAUGUUUUUUGGUGUUGUAGUUUAUUAUUAUUAUUAUUAUUAUUAUUAUUUGCUAUAUAAAGACUCACAGAAUACAAAUCUGUUA